UUAAGAUGUCAAAAUAAAUAUUUCAAGACAACAAAAAUAUAUAAUUGUUUAAAUAAAUUAUAAAAUGGCAGAAAAUAAAAAAUUAGAAAUCGAAAAAAAUACAAAUUUGGGUAAAUAUUUCGAUGAUAAUACUUUAACAGUAUUUGAUGAAAUAGUAUCAUCAAAUUCAUCAACAGAUUUUUUUAAUUCAUCACAAUCACAAGUAUCAGGUAUAUGUGAAUUAAAUGAAUUAUCACCAAUGUCAGAAAUAAAUACAACUGAAUUUUUAAAUACAAAUACAAUAUUUACAAGUGAAAGAUCAACAGAUAUAUCAUCUGAUUAUCAUCGUGAUGCUUGGAUACCAUCUGAAAAUACAAGAUUAAUAUUACGUACAAUAGCAACAUCAACACCAGGUACAUGUUUACCAGAUCGUAUUAAUUUAACAAUGCCUGGUUUAACAUUACAAGGUGAUAUGGUUGAUACAACAAAAGAAGCAUCAAUACAUUAUCUUGGUGAUGAUGAAAAUAUACAUCGUAAUGUAUUAACAUCAUCUGAUGUAACACAAGAUGAACGUGGUUUAAGAAAUUUAAUACAAGCUGGAUGUUAUCGUGCUGCUGUUAAUUUAUCUGGUAGAUUAUUAGCUGUUUAUGGACAAGGUUAUGGAAAAAUUAAUUAUCCAAGUAAACAUACACCACAUUCAUUACAAUUAUGGUUUACAAGAUUAUCAUUAUUAGCUAAAUUACGUCAAAUUGAUAUAUUAAAAGCUGAAUCACAAUCAUUUGAUAAUUUAGAUAAACCAGAUAUUUAUUUUAUAUUUUAUCCAGAAUUAUAUGGUACACGUCAUGGUUCAAUGGCAUCAUUUUCAUUUCGUUUAUUACUUGCUGAAAUACCAUCAUAUUAUGGUAAAUAUAAAGAUGCAAUUGAUAAUUUAUAUCAUAUAUUAUCAAUAACAAAUAAAAUGAUUGAUAAUUUAAAUUUAAAUUUAACUGAAGAUGGUAAUAGUACAGCUAAAUUUACAACAAAUGAAAAACAAGAUGCAAUUAAAUUAUGGUCUGGACGACGUUCACGUAUUUUAAUAUCAAUUAUUAAUUGUUCAUUAUUAACAAAAAAUUUUAUUCUUGCAAUUGAAGUACUUGAUGAUUUGUUAAAUUUAUCUGAAUGGAAUAAUGAACAAAUUGAUAUUAUUAAAUCAGCAAUUGGACGUGUACAUUUAUUUUUAGGUGAUGUAUUAUCAGCUGAAAAAAAAUUUACAUUUAAAAAUGAUAAACAUGAUACACUUAAUGUACGUGAAUUAAUUGAUAGAGGUUUAAUGGCUGUUGCACAAAAUGCAUUUCAAGAAGCAUUUAAUUGUUUUAAAGCUGCAUCAAUAAUUGAACCAACAAAUAUUAUGUUAAUUAAUAAUAUGGCUGUUUGUUUAUUAUAUAAUGGACAAUUAAAAACAGCUGUACAAUUAUUAGAAACAAAUGUUACACGUAAUCCAAUUAAAUUUUUACAAGAACCUGUAUUAUUAAAUAUGUGUACACUUUAUGAGCUACAUACAACACAUUGUAAACAAUCAAAAUUACAUCUGUUAAGACAAAUGAAUAGAUACAAAGGUGAUGCAACUGAUAUAUCAUGUUUAAAAUUAACCUAAUAUAUUUUAUUUUUUCAUGUAUAAAUGUAUAUGUCAAAAAGAAAAACAAACAAAUUAAUAAAAUGAAAUUUAUUUUUAAUUGUUAAACAUAAAUUAACAACACUGUUUUUAUUUUAUUUAAAAUAUUCGCGCGCAAAAUAAAAAC